AUUUUUUCGAUCCCAUUCCCUUUGCUGGCUUUCUCCUCAUUCCGAGCGUCUGCCUCAUUAGCCACAGUAUUCGCUUCACUGUUGGAGGCGCUUUCAAGGCGUGCUCUCCAGCCCACCUCCCUGGCCUUAAGCUGAUCUUGCGUGUUGGCAGAGUGUGGAGAGGAGUUCCUUUUCUGGAAGGACCCCCGCCACCUCGCCACUCUCCCCACCUUGAAUACACACUCGCCUGUCAGAAAUGUGGAAAGCCUCAUUCCGUGUCACGCCUGCGAGAGAAGCGCAUGGUAAAAAGGCAGGAGGGAGUGGAUCUGUUUUUUUCCACCCUUCCCCGCCACUUUCUCCACUUUCCCUUUUGCAUCCUUCUUUUUCUUUUCCUGAGCUUUUAGGGUACUCUCAGGUAGACACCCUUCCUUCAUCAAAUCUUCUCUCUCUCUUUUUUUCUCUGCCGCUCUAUCUCUCAGCGUCUACCCCACCCUUGCCAGAGAGCGCCGCUAAUUGCGAAGGCAGCCGAGUGGGAGUGGACCUUCGUGGAGAAAGAGGAGGAGGAGAGCAUCAUCUCCUCUCGAUGACUGUGGCCAUGGAGCUCCACUGACGAUGAGCUCCCAAAUGCUGGAUUAAACAAGGCACAACAACAAAAAAGAAGGGACAAGAAGAAGAAGUGACUCUCAACAUGAGUGAGGAGGCAAAGGAGAAGACGGCAGUGGGAGGAGGAGGAGGGGGAAAAGGGGCUCAUCGCAAAAAGAAAGGCAAAAAGUCUGACAGUAAUGCCAGUUACCUGAGAGCUGCCCGGGCUGGAAACCUUGAAAAGGUCCUUGACUACCUCAAGUGUGGGGUCGAGAUUAACAUUUGCAAUCAGAAUGGCUUGAACGCUCUCCAUCUAGCCUCCAAAGAGGGGCACGUGGAGGUUGUGGCUGACCUGCUGAAACUCAGCGCCGCUGUGGAUGCAGCUACCAAGAAAGGAAACACUGCCCUGCACAUAGCCUCGCUGGCCGGCCAAACGGAAGUCGUCAAAGAGCUGGUCACUUACGGAGCCAAUGUCAACGCACAAUCUCAGAAUGGCUUCACUCCUCUGUAUAUGGCGGCCCAGGAGAAUCACCUGGAGGUGGUACGCUUCCUUCUGGAGAACAGCUCCAGCCAGAGUAUGGCCACUGAGGAUGGCUUCACCCCUCUGGCGGUGGCCCUCCAGCAGGGCCAUGACCAGGUGGUCUCCUUGCUUCUGGAGAACGACACCAAGGGCAAAGUGCGUCUGCCUGCCCUGCACAUCGCCGCCCGCAAGGACGACACCAAGGCCGCAGCCCUGCUCCUCCAGAACGACCACAACGCAGACGUGGAGUCCAAGAUGAUGAAUAGAACAACAGAGAGUGGCUUCACCCCACUUCACAUUGCAGCCCACUAUGGCAACAUUAAUGUGGCUACGCUGCUUCUGAACCGAGGGGCUGCCGUGGACUUCAUGGCCAGGAAUGACAUCACGCCGCUCCACGUGGCCUCCAAAAGGGGCAACAGUAACAUGGUCAAGCUGCUACUGGACCGAGGCUCCAAAAUAGACGCCAAGACCAAGGACGGUCUGACUCCACUUCAUUGUGGGGCGAGGAGUGGCCAUGCACAGGUGGUAGAAAUCCUGCUGGACCGAGGCGCUCCAAUCCUCUCCAAGACCAAGAACGGCCUGUCACCGCUUCACAUGGCCACUCAGGGUGACCACCUGAACUGCGUCCAGCUCUUGCUGCAACACGACGUGCCGGUGGACGACGUCACCAACGACUACCUGACGGCGCUGCACGUGGCGGCCCACUGCGGGCACUACAAGGUGGCCAAGCUCAUCGUGGACAAGAAGGCCAACCCCAAUGCCAAGGCCCUGAAUGGUUUCACCCCGCUUCACAUUGCCUGCAAGAAGAACAGAGUGAAAGUGAUGGAGCUGCUGCUGAAGCAUGGAGCGUCCAUCCAAGCUGUAACAGAGUCUGGCCUGACGCCAAUCCAUGUUGCGGCCUUCAUGGGCCACGAGAACAUCGUCCACGCGCUCACACAUCACGGAGCUUCACCCAACACCACCAACGUGAGAGGCGAGACGGCCCUCCACAUGGCGGCCAGGGCGGGCCAGUCCGACGUGGUUCGAUACCUCCUCAAAAACGGAGCCAAAGUGGAGACCAAAUCGAAGGACGACCAGACGGCUUUGCACAUCUCCAGUCGGCUGGGGAAGGUGGACAUCGUGCAACAGCUGCUGCAGUGUGGCGCCUCGGCCAACGCGGCCACCACCUCAGGUUACACCCCCCUACACUUGGCAGCCCGUGAAGGUCACCAGGAUGUCGCCACCAUGCUCCUGGAGAAUGGAGCCUCACUGUCCUCCUCGACUAAGAAAGGCUUCAGUCCGCUACACGUGGCCGCAAAGUACGGCAAGAUGGCGGUGGCCAGUCUUCUCCUGCAGAAGAGAGCUUCACCUGACGCUGCCGGCAAGAGCGGGCUAACUCCGCUGCAUGUAGCCGCUCACUACGAUAAUCAGAGAGUAGCCCUGCUGCUGCUGGAUCAGGGAGCUUCCCCACACGCCGCCGCCAAGAAUGGCUACACGCCGCUGCACAUCGCCGCCAAGAAGAACCAAAUGGACAUCGGCACAACGCUGCUGGAGUACGGCGCCGACACCAACGCGGUGACGCGGCAGGGCAUCAGCCCCAUCCACCUGGCGGCGCAGGAGGGCAGUGUGGACCUGGUGUCGCUGCUGCUGGCCAAGAGCGCUGCCGUUAACUUUUGCAACAAGAGCGGACUUACCCCACUUCACCUCGCGGCUCAGGAGGACAAAGUCAAUGUUGCAGAAGUCCUUCUCAACCACGGCGCUGAUGUCGACACGAAAACAAAGAUGGACUACACGCCGCUGCAUGUGGCUUGUCACUAUGGCAACGCGAAGAUGGCAAAUUUCCUGCUGCAGAAUCACGCCAAAGUCAACGGCAAAACCAAGAAUGGUUACACACCUCUGCACCAGGCAGCUCAGCAGGGCCACACGCACAUCAUCAACCUCCUCCUCCAGCACGCCGCCUCGGCCAACGAACUCACGGCGAACGGGAACACGGCGCUAGCCAUCGCCCGUCGCCUUGGUUACAUCUCGGUGGUGGACACACUGAGGCCCGUGACGGACGAAAACCUAAAUACUGUGAGUGCAGCUGAAAAACACAAAAUCAAUGUCCCGGAAACCAUGAAUGAGUUCCUGGACAUGUCAGAUGACGAUGUUUGGGCCAAUGUGCCUGAAAGUCUCGAGCAGGAGUCAGUGUCAGAUGACGAUGAAGGUGAGGAUGCCAUGACCUGCGACACGGACAAGUACCUGCGGCCCCAGGACCUCAAAGAGCUGGGGGAUGACUCUCUCCCUCAGGAGGGCUACAUGGGCUUCAGCAUCGGACCCCGCUCGGCUAGCCCUAGAAUCAGCCUCCGCUCCUUCAGUUCGGAUAGGUCCAGCACCCUCAACCGCAGCUCCUUCGCCCGGGACAGCAUGAUGAUCGAGGAGAUCCUGGCCCCCACCAAGGACACGCUUCAGAGUAUCUGUAAAGACAUUUCCUACCUGGUCGACCCACUAAAUAAGCACCUGUCAGUGACGCGGGAAUACAACUCAGAGUGUAUGCGUCGCUACAGCUGGACCCCAGAUACCGUGGACCACGGCCACAACAUCGCGUCCAGCCCCAUCCACUCUGGCUUCUCCUCCCCGCUCCCUCAGUAUGACUCCAGGUUCCUGGUCAGCUUCAUGGUGGACGCCCGCGGCGGGUCCAUGAGGGGCAGCCGCCAUAACGGCAUGCGCAUCAUCAUCCCACCCAGGAAGUGCACGGCGCCCACGCGUAUCACCUGUCGCCUGGCCAAGAGGCAUAAACUCGCCUACCCGCCACCCAUGGUGGAAGGGGAGGGCCUGGUCAGCAGACUGGUGGAGGUCGGCCCGGCUGGGGCGCAGUUUCUUGGUCCCGUGAUUGUCGAGAUUCCUCAUUUCGGCUCCAUGCGGGGAAAGGAGCGGGAACUGAUCGUGUUGAGGAGCGACAACGGCGACACGUGGCGAGAGCACCAGUUCGAUUCCACUCCGGAGGAACUCACGGAGCUGCUCACUGGGAUGGAUGAAGAAUUGGACAGCCUUGCCGAGUUGGAGAAGAAGCGCAUUUGCCGCAUCGUGAGCAGAGACUUCCCCCAGUAUUUUGCUGUGGUGUCAAGGAUCAAGCAGGAGUCAAACCACAUGGGUCCUGACGGGGGCCUGUUGUCCAGCAGCACUGUGCCCAUGGUCCAGGCGUCCUUCCCGCAGGGGGCGCUGACCAAGAAGAUCCGCGUCGGCCUGCAGGCUCAGCCUGUUCCUGACGAUAUGGUGAGGGCGGUCCUCGGGAACAGAGCCACCUUCAGCCCCAUUGUCACCGUGGAGCCCAGGAGGAGGAAGUUCCACAAGCCAAUCACAAUGACCAUCCCUGUCCCGCCUCGCCAGGCAGAAGGCCACCCCACCGGCCACCGGGGUGACGCGGCCCCUUGCCUGCGUUUGCUCUGCAGCAUCACAGGAGGAACGUCCCCCGCCCAGUGGGAAGACAUCACGGGAACCACGCCGCUUUCCUUUGUGACCGAUUGCGUCUCCUUCACCACAAAUGUGUCGGCCAGGUUCUGGCUCGCAGACUGUCACCAGAUUCCUGAGACGGUGGGUCUAGCAUCUCAGUUAUACCGGGAGCUGAUCUGCGUGCCGUACCUGGCCAAGUUUGUGGUGUUCGCCAAGAUGAACGACCCGGUGGAGGCGCGCCUCCGCUGCUUCUGCAUGACGGACGACAAAGUGGACAAGACCCUUGAGCAGCAGGAGAACUUUGAGGAGGUGGCCCGGAGUAAAGACAUCGAGGUUCUGGAGGGCAAGCCCAUUUAUGUGGACUGCUAUGGCAACCUCUCUCCGCUGACCAAAAGUGGACAGCAUCUUGCUUUUAAUUUCUACUCCUUUAAGGAAAACAGACUUCCUUUCAACGUGAAGAUCAGAGAUAUGGGCCAAGAGCCCUGUGGCCGGCUGUCAUUCCUGAAGGAACCAAAAACCUCUAAAGCUUUUCCGCAGAGUGCCAUAUGCAAUCUGAAUAUCACACUGCCGAUACACAAGAAGGAUAUGGAGUCUGAUCCUGACGAUGAGAAUGAAAGGCCAGAACGACGCCAUACCUUUGCCUCCUUAGCUUUGCGUAAGCGCUACAGCUAUUUGACCGACCCUGCGGCGAAAACAUCCGAUCGAAGUCCGCAAAGAACACAGCCUUCUGGCUACCCUCACAAACAUGUCUUUUCAACGAGAUCUUAUCAGGCGUGGCCGCCUGUUCCUGUCGCCGUCCCUGGCCAAGCCAAGUCUGGGUUUGGCUCCCUCUCCAGCUCAUCGUCCAACACACCUUCUGCCUCUCCACUAAAGUCUGUCUGGUCCAUCAACUCAGCCUCCCCCAUUAAAACAAACAUUCCCGGAUCACCUGUCUCUUCUGUUAAGUCAGUUAGUGACAUGGUCUCUCCCAUCCGAUCGUACAGAACCAGCUCCUCUCCCAUCAAAACUGUAGUUCAACAUGCACAGUACCCAGGCCAGGUUACCCCAAGUCCCCUGGCGUCACCUGCAAAAAGUGCUUCAGACAGUGUGUCUAUGAAAGGACUUGCAGCAUUGUCAGCCAGGACUUCCCCUCCAGGAGGAAGUCCUCUUCUUGAGAGGAGGUCAAUAGCAAUGACACCUCCAACAUCUCCCAAAUCCUCCCUCAGUAUGUUCAGUUCCCCUCUGUCAUACAAGACCGUUGUGGGGGGUUCUACUGGUACGGUAUCAUCUUCCUCCCCCAUCAAAACUGUCCCCGGCCUCUCCUCUGUCCGUUCCUUUUCCUCAGAUGUGUCAGGCCCCGCACGGAACCUCUUCUCCUCACUGUCGUCACCACUUAAAUCCAACACCCCUCAAAGUGCUGCAGCUCUGAUCAAUGGAACUGUGUCACCAGCACAGUAUCGCUCCUCCUCCCCAACGUCUCUCCUCGCCAGCAGUCUCCAAGAAAGAAUACAAGCAACCACAAAUGCUGCGACAACAAGUGUCAAUGCAGCAUUUGAUGAGGUUGAAAAAACAUUCAAUUCUUGCUCGGCUGGCUAUGGCACCUUAAAAUCAUUGUCCUCAUCUGCAUCCUCCUCAUAUCAGUCCAUUAGGUCCUCAGCAUCUAGUUCCCUUUACAACUCAUUAAGGUCCCCUCCUAAUCCCACCACUGCUGGAACAUCCAGCACAGUGACGGUUCCUGUGUAUUCUGUUAUCCAUGUACUGCCAGAGCCCCAGUUUAAAAAGUUACCAGAGGUGUCCGGGUCAACUGCUACUAUUCUGUCCCCACGUAAGACUGUGCCCACAGAAAUUAAUCCUCAAUUGCAGUCUCCCUUUGCCAGAACUCUUUCCCCUACCAAACCUCCACUUCUCUCGUCUGGUUUGAAGUCAAACACAUCGCCAUUGUCAUCCAGCCAAGAAAUUCUGAAAGAUGUUGCUGAUAUGAAAGAGGACUUAAUACGAAUGUCAGCUAUUUUGCAGACUGAUCCCAACUCUACUACAAGUAAAGGAUUUCAGUCUGGUUCUGCAGUGAAGGUAGAAGACGAAGAGCCAUACAGGAUUGUGGAGAAAGUAAAACAAGAUUUGGUAAAAGUGAGUGAAAUCCUGACUAAAGACACGGCCAAAGAGCCAAUGGUAAGGGGGCCCUUGGAUGACAUUCGCUUCUCAAAAGUACCUGUUGAACAACCACCAAGCAACUGGAGCUAUCCCCCAAGAUAUGAGACUGUGGUUCCUCAAGCAAAAGCAAAAACAAUUGAAGACAGAGAUUUCAAUCUUUCAAAAGUUGUCGAUUAUCUGGCUAAUGAUGUUGGUAGCAAUUCUUUCUCCAAAAUGCACGACACAAAGCAUACAAUAGAUGAGGGCAAGAGAGAAGCGGAUGGCAGGGAGAAGCAAAAACGUGUUCUGAAACCCACCAUAGCAGUUCAAGAGCAAAAGCUCAAAAUGCCUCCAACAAGCAUGCGAUCAUCACCAGCAGACAGAGAGCUAGGUAAAGUGGCUGAUGCUCUUUUUGGAGCAGACACUGUGCUGGAAUCCCCUGAUGAUGUAUACCAUGAACAGGAUAAGAGCCCCCUAUCAGACAGUGGCUUUGAGACCAGAAGUGAAAGGACCCCUUCUGCCCCCCAGAGCGCUGAAGGCAUGGGCCCAAAGGCCCCGUUCCAGGAUAUCCCUGUUCCCCCAGUGAUCACUGAGACUAGGACUGAAGUUGUUCAUGUCAUAAGGAGCUAUGAGCCCCCUGAGGAUAAUAAACAACCUGCAAUGGUGGAGGGAAAUCCCAUCAGAUAUAUUGAUACUGAGUCUAAAGGACAUCCUAAUCAAGCUCCAUCCACCUCUGAGUUGAGUAAGGGAUAUUCAGUUAAAGUAGUCCCUGAUGAGGAUCCAAUGGGUAAAGGCAUACGAUUGAAAGAGGAAACGCACAUCACUACUACCACCAGAAUGGUGUACCACAAACCAUCUGGCAAUGAAGCUGUAUCAGAGAGGUGUGAGGAAACUAUGUCUGUUCAUGACAUAAUGAAGGCUUUUCAAUCAGGAAAGGACCCUUCAAGGGAACUUGCUGGACUCUUUGAGCACAAAUCUGAGGAAACAUCGCAGAGAUUCUCUGAAGACGUCAAACCAAAGGUUGAAAGAAUAAUCGAGGUUCACAUUGAAAAGGGCAAUAAAACAGAACCAACAGAGGUCAUCAUCAGAGAGACUAAAAACCAUUCAGACAAUGAAAUGUAUUACUACCCAGGAAAUAGACAAGAGGACAGGGAACCUGAAGAACUUCCUGUAUAUUUUGACUCCAAAUUUAACACUGCCAUGGCACAUGAGGAUAGUCGCCCUAGUUCAGUCCAAUUAAUGGCAGACGAGUCUUAUAAGACCUUGAAAUUGCUUAGCCAGCAAUCUCUGGAAUAUAAUGAGGAUGAAUCAUCAGAGUUAAGGGGAGAAUCUUAUAAUUUUGCUGAGAAAAUGUUAUUGUCGGAGAAAUUUGACCAGUCCCAUCCUGACACUGAGGAACAUGUUAGAGAAAGGUCUCACUUUCUCUCACCAGGCAGAAGUCGAAAUGAGAAUAGGUCAGUAGGCCCAAGAACAGAAUAUAUCUUUCGGUCGUCACGAAAUGUGUUUGACACAUCAGGUAGAAUGGCCAGUGCUGAUGAUAACUAUGACACAAUGACAGUUUUGCAGCAUUCUUCUGAGCCUGGUAGCCCAAAGCAGUCCGUUUGGUUGCGUGUGUCAGCAGACGACACAGAGAGAAAGGAAAGAGAGCAACUAAUGUAUGAGGAGAGAGUGGAUAGAACUGUAAAAGAGGCAGAAGAAAAGCUCAGUGAGGUAUCUCAGUUCUUCAGAGAUAAAACCGAGCAGCUCAAUGAUGAGCUCUCGUCUCCGGAGAGAAAAUCUCGCAGACCAGAUUUUAGGGAAUCACGAUCCGGGCCUAGUUCCACACAAAGUAGCCCAGAGAGAUCAGUUUAUAGGAAUGGUGCUAGUGGGGAAGAGUGGAGCAGAGAAAGAUUAAGAGACAAGUUUAGCUCUAAUGACAGGAAAUGUGCCAGUUUACCCAGUAGUCCGGAAAGGAGAGUACUUCUGCAGUCUAGUGAUUCAGACUGUAGAAAGCAGGGAGAUGGGAAAAGUGAAGGCUCAAAACCUUUUCAGAUGUCUUCUUCCAAAGUAAGCGCAGUAAGGCUCAAGUUUGAACAAGAGGCUCAAAGACAAGCUACGGGUUCUCAAGGUGACCAAAUUUCUAAUCCUCCAGUAAGGAAGCUCCAUGAAAGUAAGCUUCCUGUGUACCAAGUAUUUGGUGGUUCUAACAAUCCCAAAACACCAGACAGUCCAAUAAGCCAGAGAAGAGGUCAAGAAAGUGACUCCAAGCUCUCACCCACACAUCAAGCCUGUGGGAAAAAUCAGGAGGACAAGAAGUUAUUCAAAACAUGGGAGAACCAUGGAUAUGGGAACUAUAAGCCCCAAUCCCCAAAAUUAUCUCAAGCAUUAGUCCACGAUUCUCUAAAAGAUGAUAAUAAUAGUGAUUUACAAAGAAAGGAAACUACUAAGAAAGUUAUUUACCAUGAAUUUGUUGUCAACGAGAGUCCAAAUAGCAAUGACGGUCUAAAAAAAAACUCGGAAUCUCAAAUUCCUGUAAGAAAAUCAUCUAAUUUUUCUGAAAAUCACAGAGCCUCAUCUUUACAAUUAGAUGCCACUGUUGAAUCACAUGAGAAGGAAAGCUCUCGUACGCCCGUCCUAGUUCGAAACCUGAUGCAUAGUAGCUUUGAAUCCAACAAAUCUACUUGUGGAUCAUCAGGGAAAUCCACAGACUCAGACUGUAGCCAGUCAAAUAUUACUUGUAAUGGUAUUGACAGUGACCAAAUAGAGUAUUUGGAUCACGGAACUCCUGCAGUUAUCACAGAAAGUUUCAAAGAUAUCAAACCCUUACCUGUGUACGUCAGCAUUGACGUGGGCAAGCAGUAUGAGAAAGAAACAGCUUCCGGGCAGCUGGGAACAUACAAAAAAAUAGUAAGCCAUGAGAGUAGGACCAUACAUGAGACCAGGGGAACAUUUUACACAGUCAAACAAAAGCAGUCUCCAUCUCCUCAAGGUAAUCCAGAAGAUGACACUCUAGAACAAGUGACAUUCAUGGACAGCUCUGGGAAGAGUCCUAUUACUCCCGAGACGCCAAGCUCAGAGGACGUUACCCUGACCUCAAGAAUGCCUGACUAUGUGAUUGGCUCCAUGGCUGGCAUGCCAAGUCCCAUCCCAGAGGAGUCAGAAGAGGAAGACGGUAAGACCUUCAUCUACAAGGAGCCUUCAAGGGAAAAAUCUAAGCAAGUAGCUUCAGAGAAUAACAGCAAGAAACAGGAAGUGGGGAAACAGAAGUCAAAAGGGGAGAAGAGAGUUCCUUAUAUAGAGUUUCCACCACCUCCUCCUUUGGACACAGAGCAGUCAGACCCUGAGAAAAGAAAGUCUUGUGCAUCCUCUGAGACAGAGACAGAAAUGAUGGAAGUAAACCUCCAGGAGGAGCAUGACAAUCACUUUUUAGCCGAGCCGAUCAUAAGGGUCCAGCCUCCAUCCCCCAUUCCUCCUGGAGCUGAUAACAGCGACUCCAGUGAUGAGGAGUCUGUCUUCCAUCCCAUCCCUGUCAAAAAGUACACCUUCAAAAUGAAAGAGGAGGGGGAGAAACGCUCAAAACACCGAAAAUCAGAGAAGAAUGGAAAUAAGGAGGUUGGGAUCAAUUGUGUUGUCAAGGGGGAGGAUGAUGAAAUAGAACAAAAUGGGAAUGACCAAACACUCACUGACUGCUCCAUAGCAACCACUGCUGAAUUUUCCCAUGACACAGAUGCCACUGAGAUUGACUCAUUAGAUGGUUAUGAUUUUCAGGAUGAGGACGAUGGACUGAGUGAGGACCCAAAAACAUCCAGUCUAUCCAAUGAUGGAAAAACAGCUGAUCGCUCCUUCGGUCUUUCUAAGCUGGAAGUGAUUGAAGAAGAGAAGUGUGAGGAUGGAGGAAAUACAGGGACUUCAAAAAACAAUCCAACUUCUACAAAAAGCAGUGGAGAAGAAAUAGAUUACACCCUUGAAGGAAGACAUCCAGAAAGGCAGAGCUUCGCAGACAACUACUUUGGGUACCAACUUGAAGAGGAGCUAAACUCAACCUUUAAAACAGUAGCCACAAAAGGCCUCGACUUUGACCCCUGGUCCACCAAAGGGAGCGAUCAUGAUGGAGUUUAUGACUCCAAAACCAAAGACGAAGAUCCCAAGCCCUUUGGUUUAUCGGUGGAGGACAAAUCACAGGCUACAACACCUGACACAACACCUGCUCGAACACCGACUGAUGAGAGCACACCAACUAGUGAGCCUAACCCCUUCCCUUUCCACGAAGGGAAGAUGUUUGAGAUGACCCGCAGUGGUGCUAUUGACAUGAGCAAGCGGGACUUUGUUGAAGAGAGGCUUCAGUUUUUUCAGAUUGGUGAGCAUUCCUCUGACCCUCUAACAGGGGAAAAGGGGAGAGGGGGCAAGAUCCUGGGUGUAAUUUCCUCUCAAUCAAAAACAGGGGAGAGGGCCACAGUAGAUGGGAAGGUGAAGGUUAUAGAUACAACCACAGGCAGCAGCACAACACCAGCAGCAGCAACAGCAAAAUGCAGCCCUUCGCACCCUGGCAGUGACACUGGCUAUGCUGGUACUGAAGUACCCCCCUGUGAAGCCAUAGUUGAAACCGCAUCCUCGUGCACAAUCACAGCCUCCAAGGUUGAUCCAAAAUUACGCACCCCUAUUAAGAUGGGCAUAGCUGCCUCUAUAACUGUGAAAAAAGACUCAGGGGAUCGCACCGAUUUUAAAGCUGAGAUAUCAGAGGGCCAGAUGGUGCCAGAAUAUAUAAGUAUAGAGGGUCAGUGUACGGAGGGCCUGUCUAGCAAAGACAUAGAGGCCAAGUCAGAGAGAAGAGAUUACCCCUCUGAAAACAGCAACAACAAUAAUAACCUCGAGUCCUCCAGCAUUCAGGCCAACUACAUUCAGUGUGGCAGUGUGGUGUUCAAUCUGCAGUCCUCCUCUGAGCCCACACUUCAGAAAGCCAGCAGGAUAGAAACAUUGUGUUGUAGGGAUUUAGACGAAAAAGUAGAAAUCAGUAAUCGCAGUCAAGUGCAGCCACAGCAGCAGCAAAGUGUACCAGUUAAAGAGAGUGAAGUGAAGCUGCCCAGGUCCAGGCUUCCAGUGAAAGCAUCAGGGCGGUCGAUUCACACCCAGGGAUCAGCCAUAGGCAAGCAGAAGCCCAAACAAGCAGUAAAAAUUGAAACCAGGAAAAGGGGAGAGCCAGCCAUUGCCAAAGUUGAACCAAGGUCUAGGAUACCAGUCAAGGAUAUUAAGAAGGGCAGCUCCACAGCCGCAGCUAGCUCACCACAUUCAGUUAGGGUUACCUCACGGCCAACAAGGCCAUUGGCUAGUGAAAGAGCAGCCAUAAGGUUGCCCUCGAGGUUACCACUGAAGGAUAGGCAUCAGGUCGGUAAGGCGUCAGGUGAGGGAACGUCCAGGCAGGAGAGACAGGAGAACCCUAGCGAGGUUUGUAAGCGCACCAUUGAAUACUUUAAAGACAUUAGCGGAGAGACGAUAAAGUUGGUGGACCGCCUGUCAGACGAGGAGAAAAAGAAGCAGACAGAGCAGUCGGAGGAAGACAGCACCUCUCGGAGCACCUCUCUGUCAGACACCUCGCAGCCUUCCCAACCGUCCCAGCCCUCCCACUCGUCCAAGUCUGGUAGAAGUUCGAGGGCUGAAGCCGGGGCACCAUCCGUAGGGGCAAAGGUGGCGACGAUGGACAGGGCUUCUGGCAGUCAGAGGAGCAGGAGGAGUAGGCGGACUGGUGGGAAGGAGGGCAGUCAGGGACUCACAGGGUCUCGAACACCUCCCAUCGCAGAGAUCAAGCCUAGUCCCCAAAGUCCUUGUGAGCGGACAGAUUUGCGUAUGGCCAUUGUAGCAGAUCACCUGGGACUCAGCUGGACAGAGCUGGCUCGGGAGAUGAACUUCACGGUGGACGAGAUCAACCACAUUAGAUUGGAGAACCCCAACUCACUGACAGCACAGAGCUUCAUGCUAUUAAAGAAGUGGGUUAGCCGGGAAGGGAAAAACGCCACAACGGAUGCCUUGACUGCAGUGCUGACCAAAGUCAAUCGGAUGGAUAUUGUGACUUUGCUGGAGGGCCCAAUUUUUGACUAUGGUAACAUUUCCGGCACGAGAUGUUUUGCUGAUGAUCAUGCGGUUUUCCGGGAUCAGGCUGAUGAUUAUCAGAGCAUUCUAGCCGAGUUGCAUUCCCCCGCUGCACUGCACUCCGACCCACAUUUCCUGGUGCCUGAACUUCCCGUCACACCCAACCCUUCCCCUGUCCACCACCAGCACUACCAUUAUCCACAGCCCGACUGCCCUUGGCCGGUCGACUCCCAGCCUCAGCCCCCACUGUGGAGCCCAGAGAUAAAGCCUGGUAGCUCACACGAGAGUCCCGCUAGAUCCUGUCAGCUUGCCCAGUCCCUUUCGGCUUUUGACCUCCCUGAUCGUGUCCCGUCCAAGGUGCAAAAGCCCCAUAUCGCCCUGAACGACCAGCUGCUUUUGAGCGAGGAGGAGGACAGAUCUUAUCAAGAAAUGGAGCGGAGCCGCAAGCCCAAGUCACACACUGUCCCCGCAAUGUGUGAGUUAGACGUCAGCAUGGCCUACUCAACAUCAUCCUCUUCAGUCUCAUCUGCAUCAUCAGUAACCCCUUCAACACCUGACAGAGCACAAAUGGGAGAUAGAAAUGUAAUACAUGUGGACAUGUAUAUUAGAGGAGAAGUGUCAAAAGGAAAGGGUAAGGUCGAUGAGACGGUUGCGGUGGAGGGAAAUGUAUUUGUGGAAAGCUGGGUAGAGCAGGACUUGAUUAAAAAUGUGGAAAGAAAAUGUGAGAUGGUGACAAAGGAUAGGUGUCACCACGAGGCGGAAAAGAACAUUUUGACAGGACAAAAAGAAGAGGCAGAGGAGCAGAUUAAUGUGUUUGGAGCUGGGUUAGUAGUUGAGACUGACAAAGAGGGUAUAGAUGAAACAGCCAAGGUACAGCAAGUAGAAGUGAACAAUGAAGAAAGGGUCCACCGUGGGGACAGUACGGAGGUUGCUGAGAAAGUACUGCGAUGUGAAGACAGAGGCACUUGCCAGGACAAGUCUGCAAGCAACUUGACCCUUCAGGAAUGGGCUGAGGCCCUUUGGGACCAUCAGCCCACCAAUUAUGAGUCUAAUGAGGAGGAGGAUGGAGGAGGAAAUAAUGAGAUCCCAAAAAAGUAUUUUGGUUCCCGACAUGAAAAGAUGAAGACUGAAGGCUCAGAGGAGAAGGAGGAGGACCUGGAGAUGACUACCAAGGCCAGAGAUCUGGAGAUUCCCAAUCGAACUGAACAGCCAGAAAAAGACAUGUGCUCGCUUUCAGGUUGGCAGAGUGACUCAUCCAGCGUAAACGUGGAGCCACCAACGCCGGGCCGCAGCUCGGAUCUGCUGGACAAGCGGGAAAGCCACGAGAACUCGAGCGAUUCAGUUACUUCCUCAUCCAGAGGCGAAUCAGGGAGGUCCCGGCAGAACGGCGACAACUCAAGAACCUCACCUCAGAGCGGCUCAUCAGAGUCAGUGAAUGGCAGAAAGGAAGAGGGAACGCUGGUGUCUGAGAAGAAAGUCCAGCAGCGAGUUAGUGUAGAGUCCGGAUCCGAGGAAGAACAGACAGUAACCACGAGAAUCUUCAGACGCCGGCUCAUUCUAAAGGGCGAGGAAGCUAAAAACAUAUCAGGCGAGACUGUGACCGAGGAGCACUACUUGGACCAAGACGGUAACCUCGUCAGUAGAAAAGUCAUCAGGAAGGUAAUCUGCCGAAUGUCUAGCUCCUCAACAGACAACCACAGGUGCCACAGGGACCUUCACAAAAGUUCCAUCCUGCAGAACGACGGGCCUGAGAAAGAAGGAGGGUCGAGGACCAGCAGGCGAAUGGACGAGAGGAGGCCCGGAGAUAAAAAGUUUCACUCAUAGGGAUGGAUGGUUGUUCUCUCCACCAGCCAUAUGGGGACAUAUUCCACGUUGCUGGGAACAGGGGAUAUAUGAGGGCUGAGGUGUUCCAGUUUGAGGACUUGAGUCCAGCCAGCAUCCGCUGCCAACGAGCGGGCUUCACGAGAUGAGAGGAGUCAAACCCUCCUCUUGACCCUACAAGGCAUGAGCAUGAACUAACUCCCUGUCAAUCAAAGGGCCUGAGAGGGUGAACGCUCGGACCACAGAACCCACGGGCGAACAUUCCGCUUCCUGUUUUUUGGCACGAAAACGGUAGAAUCUCUCCAUUGGUGUUUCGCUAGGGCUUUCAGGGGAAGCCCUCUGGGGUGCAGGGGGGCUCCUUCGGUCACAUCCAUACAACUAGGUGCAACCGUUGACCAAAGACGGCGCAAUUCACUACAGAGGAAAUAUGAAGAAGACACAAUAUGAUCAAAUGGAACACGUCAGCCAACGUCAACAUGUUCAACACUGGCCUUAUAGUUAUUCUUCCUGAACCCACUGUUGUCAGGAUAUUAACCGUUUAGGGACUUUUUUCUUCCUUUUUUAAACUAAGAAAACAAGACUUUCUGUAUAUAGAGUCAGAAUGUGUAAAAUUUUUGUAAUAUACUACUGGUAGGGUGGGGUAGGGUCACAUUGGGGUGUGGGAUCUUUUCAAGUGCUUUGGUAAUCCGCUGAAGCAAUUACACUUUUCAAAGAUUUGCGUGUAACACAGGUUCUUGUAAAAAAAUAAUAAUUUAAAAAAAUAAAUAAAUAAAUAAAAUAGAAGACAUAUUAAAGCAGGUAUAAUGUUUGUACACAGACUGGUUUGAUUUUAACUGGAGGACAUUUCCAGAAAAUCAGUGUUGGGUUAGUCCCAUAGUGGGAUCUAAUCCCGCACCCUUUCAAGAGUAUUUUCACGCAUGCUGUUCACAUUAUUUUAAGUACAAUUUCUACAAGUUUGCAAAAGCACUGUAUGAAAAAAGGCCCUUUUAUCUGUGUAUACACGUAUAGACCGAAUGUUUGUCACUGGUUUUAUAUUUUAAAACGGACAAGGAUGGCAUUGAAGCGUUUAGCUUUUGUUUGUUGUUGUUGUUGUUUGGUAGGGUAAGAAUGGGGGGAUAAUAACGUGUGCGUGUGUAAAACUGGAGGGGCAUCUUGGGAGCGGAAUAAUCUCGAAUGUAAGCACUAGUAGGCGGGCUCGCUAUACAACACUGUAACCGUAUAUUGUGUGUUAUUGGCUAUAAGGUAUAAGAGUCGCUGUACACUGUUUAGACCGUGUCGUCUCACAAAUACUGUGUGGUUUCAAAUGACAAAAAAAAAAAAAAACGGGCAUCCCCCCCAAUCAAUCUUUUUGGGUGACACAGCUCUCCAUUUAAAACCCACUCAGAGAUUAUUUUUGACUGUAGCUCUAUAUAGCAUCUUGAAAAAACACUGGAUGGUCAACAGAGGCUGUUAUGUAAGCAUCAAAUAAAUUGUGUUUGACUUGAGACCGUGUGGUAUUUAGGCAAGAGAUUCUGUAUAUGCAGUGUCGAUUAGAAUCAUUUCCAUCUUUUGUGUGUUGGUUUUCGCGGACCCAUAGAUCAAGUGUGUUCAGUAUCAAUAUGCUGAUGCCAAUGCUGUGGACAUUAAAACUAUGUGACUUUUUCUUUUUCUGGUGGGUGGUACACAUCCCCUUACUCCUCAAGUCUAUCAGGGGCUCGAUGAUCCUUUGGUAUGGUUGGACUAUCGAUUUUCUUUCAUAUGUGUUUUCACCCAGGCGAACUUUUUGAUGUACAUUUCUUACUAACAGAGUGAAGCCAUUGAAAUGUAAUAAUAAUUCUAGCACUUUGGUUACCCGAGGUCUUUUAGAGGCGAUAACAGCGGCGAGGACACCACAAAUGUUUAAAAUGUCUUUCGAGAUAAAAAAAUAACAGACUCAAUAUUGACCUAAAAAAGACAAAAAUAAAAAAGCAUUGGUUUUGCAA